AUGCCUCUUCCUCCUGCACUUUUCGCUCGUCUUAAACGGCGAGGGAUUGUUAAAGAAGAGGCUGUUGAAGAAGUUAUAGCUGAAAAUUACGAUCCAGAGACAGUCACUGCCCAAACAAGUACAAAAAGGAAGGCAGAACGGAACGAUGCUGGUGCUCCAGGGUGCCCUAAUAAAUGGAAUCCGUAUCACUAUUGUGUCCAGUACUGUUAUGACCAUUGGAAAGAUGGGACGAGUGAAAGCAAAUUGUCCCAGAAAUACAACGAACAAAGACUGAAAGUAUUGAAAAAGUACCCGUUGCCAAACGGUUGGAAGGAAGUGUAUGAUGCAGGUUGUGCACGUCAUUAUUAUUGGUGUCCUAGAACGGACGAAGUUUCCUGGCUACCACCAAGACACCCUCUUGCUGUCAUUGGGGAUGCAGCUCCUAAAAUUGCGAAAGAGUAUUUUGAAAAAGGCGAAAAUACAAACGGUUUGGAGAAGAAGGAAGAAAAUGAGCAGAAGGAAAAUGAUAAGGAGAUAUACAGAGAAGACCGAGGCGGACGUAUUUAUCGCGACGAUCGUAAUAAAAGAAAAAGGCGGCGUGGUUCUCUCUCGGGAUCAGACGAUGAGAGGAGGUCUCCGGACUCAAACAGCGAUGACGAGACAAGACCGGAGUUAUCGGACCGUGACAAACUUAAACGAGCAAGAAGGAAAGGCAUCGACCCUAUGGAUCCUGCAGCGUAUGGCGACAAUGUGCCAAUUGGGACGUGGAGUUCUGGCUUACAUGCUCAUGAUAAGUCGGGCGCAGAUGUCACAGCAACCGGGCCGUUAUUCCAGCAGAGACCUUAUCCAGCCCCUGGAGCCGUUUUAAGGAAGCAGCAGCAACAAAGACAGUAG